AUGAGGACCAAAAGCUUUGGACUUCUUUGUGUGCUGAUACUGGUCUCCCAGAUGCUACUAACCAACUGUGAAAGAGAGAAGGAAAGAAAAAAGAGAAGACAAGGCAUAGAAGACCGUGGAAAAAAACUAACUGAAUCUAACCAAGAAAAUGAAAAAGGGCAGAAAUCAAGAGGAGGGAAAUCAUCUCCUAAAGGCAGGUUUAAAACCAAAGAAAAUGCUGAGUGCACCUGGGCAGUGACUGAUAUGAAUGCUCCUAUAGUGCGUGUGGAAUGCAAGCAUGGUGACAGUGAGUUCUGGUGUGAAUUCUCUGGAGACCCUUCCACCUGUGCACAGUAUGCAGCAAACCAGAAAUCCUAUUGGAAACAAGUCUCCCGAUCCCUAACGAAGCAGAAGCAGAUCUGCCAAGACCCCAAAACUGUCCUAAAAUCUAAAGUAUGUAGGAAAGGCCCACGAAGUGCUCAUCUCAAGCUGACCCGCUCAAGCCUGCUAACAUCAGUGGGUCCUGCAGAUGGGAGCAGAAUGCAUCAUGCAAAAGAAGUUGUUCAGACUCCACCAUCUGUCUCUGUGACUGAAAAAAGGCUAGAACACAGCCCUGAAGACUGCGUAGAAGACAUAGAUUAUAUUGAUCAGAAAAAGGUGGCUGAGGAAUACUGUCCAGAAGGCUUGCUUUCUUUCUGCAACUUUUUUAUCACAAUGAUCCAAGAUAAAAAGUGCUGA